AUGGCCGCGCUCACGGCCUCGGACCAGGCCGUCAGGGAGGCGGCGGAGGACGUGUCGCUGGAGGACAUGAGGUCCUGCAUGGGGUCCGAGGACACCCUCUCGCCUACAGACACAUCCUCGGCCGAUGACAUCCCGCAGACGCCGCCGGACGCGGCCUCGGCCAGCACUCUCCUGGAGAGCCUCCUGGACACGGCCUCCCUCCGAGACCUCCAGGCAGAGCCGACGGGAGCGAAGGCCUCGGACAGCACUCUCCUGGAGAGCCUCCUGGACACGGCCUCCCUCCGAGACCUCCUGGCAGAGCCGACGGGACCGAAGGCCUCGGACAGCGCAACAAGCAGUGAGGCGGCCUGCGACGCGGCGAGCACCGCACCGGCCACAGAGGCGGCAGAAGAACCUCCCCCGAGGGCGGCCUCGGCCAGGGAGGAGGCUCCGUGCCAACGGGCAGCCAAGGCAGCGCCGGCACCGCCCCGCCCGGCCGUCGACCCGUUCCGAGACCUGGUGGACCUGGCGCUGUCCAGCUGCCAGGACCAGCCGAGGCCCGCCGCCGUGCCGUGGCGAGCCAGCGGCGAGGUCGUCGAGGUGGCCGGGGACACGGCCUUCGUGGGCAAGUUCUGGAUCGACGCGAGCGAGAGCCCCAACGCCACCCUGGAGCGCUGGCGGCAGCAGGCCGCGGCCAGGAAGUCCUUCCUGUCGGUGCCCGAGUCCUCGGACAAGGCCGACAAGGUGCCCGGGCCGCGGCGGCUCACCCUCGUCUGCACGAGCGACGGCUCCUUUAUCAGCCAGGCCGACAAGCAGUGGCGUGACGGCGCUCAUUGGCCGGAGUCGGCACGGAGCUCGGACUCGGAGACGCCCCGCAGCACGCCCAGGCCGCGCCCCACGGAGGCUGUGACGACAAGGUCACCAGCCGCCAACGCCACGCCGGAGGCCGUGACGCGCUCGUCACGUGACGAGUCGGAACCCGUCACGCCAAGGUCACCACUCGUCCACGGAACCGUGACGCCAAGGUCACCGGUCGACCAGGAAACUGUUACACCCAGGUCACCGGUCGUCCAGGAAUCAGUGACGCCAAGGUCAGUCGUCCAGGAAACCACGACGCCAAGGUCACCAGUCGUCCCGGAAACCGUGACGCCAAGGUCAACAGUCGUCCCAGAAAUCGUGACGCCAAGGUCACCAGUCGACCCAGAAACCGUGACGCCAAGGUCACCUGUCCUCCAGGAAACCGUGACGCCAAGGUCAACAGUCGUCCAAGAAACCGUGACAAAAUGGUCACCAGUCCUCCAGGAAACCGGAGCAAAGAGGUCAAGCGACGUUCAGAAAACACUACCGGCGAAUGUUACAGAAAAUCCAUACAAUGUUGCGGAAGCAGCAUCGCAGAGAAAAGAAGCAAGGAUCAGUGAUAUCCCCGAAACGGAAAUGGAUCCUGAAGCGAAACAGGAAUCGAUUCCCGAGGCCUCUCCCGUGCAAGCCGUUGAGGAAAGGGAAGUGGAAACUGUCACCCCCAAACCGCCCUGUGAUCCAGAAGCGAUACCGGAGUCGUGGACGUCACGAGUCACCCCAGUGGUGGGGUUUGAAGUGGAGGCCACUCCGCCCCAAGAACCACUCUGCGCGGAGACAGGGGCGCCGGUACCCGGGGCGCACGCCCUGGAGAGGGCCAAGCAGGCCACCUUGCCGACGGGCGACUCGCUGGCCAACAGCGGCUGCGAGGCACCGAUCCCGCACGCCGUCAAGCUGGCCAUGGGCCUGCUGCGCGCGCAGGGGGACCUCUCGGACGACGCGGCCAAGAUGACGGGCAGUGGGCCCGGCAAGAUCCACGAGGACCUGCUCAUCCUGCACAAGCUGACGCAGACGCUCCGCUCCAGGAAGGAGGGCAGUCGCGCGGGGCUGGAGGGACAUAAAGGAAGCCAGGUGGCCCACGAGUGUACCGCGGCGCAGCCCCCAUCUCCGGGGCGAAUCCCAACCAGGGCCAGGGAAGGCAGCCGCACCAAGGUCCACCGGCCCAAGCGCCGGGUGCACGUGCUGUCGGCGCGGUGGCUGGCGCAGCCUAAGUGGCAGCAGCAGCUCGCGCGGCCCGGCCAGAACGGACCGUCUAAUGAAACGCCAUCAGGCAGCAGGCCGGGUUCCACGUGUUCGACGGCGGCCGUGGAGCCCCCCGCCGCGGUGGAAAGGCUGCAGCAGCCCAACCAGAGCGAGACGGUGGUCUGCAUCCACGUGGUGGGCGGGGACGCCAACAAGGUGGCCACGCUGCUGUCCUCCGCCCUGGCCUCGUCGCCCAGCACGCGCGUCACCACCACGUCCUCGUCGUCGUCGUCAACCUCGGCGACGUGCACCGGGAGCGGGCCGCCGGCGCAGCCCUUCUGGUGACCCUCGACUCCCUAGACGCAACGGCGACAAGGGACU